AUGAAAGACUACCAAAGAUUAGAUGGUGAUGUGGAGUUAUCUGAUAUGGAGAACAACAUAGGGCACAAUCCCACUUUUGGAAAGAUACCUACCCACUCCUCGAAGUUUGGGAAUUUUCUCAAUCACAAUCUCCGUCAGCUUGGGGAUAUAAGAACACAAGAUUUGAAGGAUCAGUUUAGAUCCAUAACAAGGAAAGCCAAAUCUAUCACCAUUGUGUUAUUAUGGUUCUUUCUAUAUUUCAUGAUUGCCAUUUUGGUGUUUUCCUUAGCACUGUUUGUGGGGAUAGGAAUAUGGAUUGGAUUCAUAUUGGCUGUACGAGUGGUAGUGAUAGCUUCGAAUGGAUUUUUUGGAAUUUUAGAUCGUGACAAAGCAGCUGAUUACCUUGCUCACCUACUUGAUUUCGUUAAACAAUUGCCAUAA